CUUCAGUACAGUUCCAUCCUCGGUGUCAUCCAGUUCAGUUAUCAGUCAUUGUCCAGCGCUCAAUCAACGCAGAAAUGGCGGUGCGUUUGAGACAUUUGUUAUUUUUUCUAGUGAUAUGGAUUCAGUUGACUAUCGGUAGUUCUGUGAGGCGUAAUAAUCGCUUAACGAAGGAGAAGAAAGUAGACAAAUAUGAACCGACAUGGGCUAGUUUGGAUUCGCGACCUCUUCCGAAGUGGUAUGACGAUGCGAAAAUUGGUAUUUUCAUUCAUUGGGGAGUCUACGCGGUGCCUAGCUAUGGAUCCGAGUGGUUUUGGAUCAAUUGGAAAGGUUAUAAGUACGACGCCUACGUAAACUAUAUGGCCAAUAACUACAAGCCGGACUUCACCUAUCAAGAUUUUGCACGGGAUUUCACUGCGGAAUUAUUCAACGCCACCGAAUGGGCUGAACUGUUUGCCCAAUCCGGAGCUCGGUACGUAGUGUUAACCAGUAAACAUCAUGAGGGGUACACUCUUUGGCCUUCAAAGUACACCUACAGUUGGAAUUCAGUGGACGUAGGACCACACCGGGAUAUUAUCGGCGAACUUUCGACUGCUAUUCGAAAGAACUCAAAUCUCACCUUUGGCGUUUACUACUCAUUAUUUGAAUGGUUCAAUCGGCUCUAUCACGACGAUAAGUUGCACGCUUUUCUCAAGCAUGACUACGUUGACAGCAAGGUAUGGCCAGAGUUGAAGGAACUGAUCAAUUCGUACAAACCGGAGGUUCUUUGGAGUGACGGCGAUUGGGAGGCACCGGAUGGCUAUUGGAAGGCAAAGGAAUUCUUCACCUGGCUGUACAACGAAUCACCCGUCAGGGAUACCGUGGUGACGAACGAUCGCUGGGGAAUUGGGACGCUGUGUUUGCAUGGAGACUUUUACACUUGCUCCGAUCGUUACAAUCCGGGGGUUCUUCAGACGCACAAAUGGGAGAAUGCCAUGACAAUCGAUAAGAUGAGCUGGGGCCACCGUCAGAAUGCGAAGUUGGAAGAUUUUAUGAGCUCUUCGGAAUUGAUUGCUGAGAUUGCUAGUACUGUGAGUUGCGGGGGUAAUAUUCUUAUCAAUGUGGGUCCUACCAAGUACGGGACGAUUGAUCCGAUAUUUGCCGAGCGUUUGACUGAUAUGGGCAGGUGGCUUAAAACUAAUGGGGAAGCAAUUUACAAGUCUAAACCGUGGGUGUAUCAGAACGACACACUGACAUCGGAUGUUUGGUAUACUACGAAGAGUUCAUCAGCUUACGAGAGUGAAGUAGGUUUUAGCAACGUCUACGCUAUGGUGCUGAACUACCCUUAUAAAUCUAAUAAUGUGCAAUUGGGAGCCUUCGGUGAAAUGUAUGCAAAUGUUGUGCAGAUUUCAAUGCUAGGGUUUAACACCAGUUUAAGGUGGAAACCAACAGAUAAGGGUAUUCAGGUGGAAUUUCCGCCCAAAAAUGAGAUUGAUCGGCUCCAGCUUAAACUUGCCUGGACGUUGAAGAUUGUGCUGUCCUCAAGCAAGCAAUAAUGCAUCAACUAUUCAGAACAAUAUAUGUCAAUUAUAAAGCUUA